AAACCAUGUGUAGUAGAAAAGUAAUUCAUCAUCUUCCUAACAAUGUGAAGAACAACAAACGAGCAUGGCAUGUAGUUCAAUCUUCUCACCCAACUUGUUAUCAGGUUUCUCCACAGGACCAACUAAACUUCUACUAUGUUAUCAAACUAACCAUCUUGCCUUUAGUUCUCUUCAAUGCAGUAACAAGAAGAGAGACUUCCCAUUGCCAAAAGUGGCUUCAAUCCCCUACCAGCCACCUAUCAAUGUGGACUACUUGGAGGGAGAAUUUAGUGGCCAUGGAGUCACAUUUGAGGAUGUCAACGGCACUUGUAUGACCAAGAUGGUGCUAGAAAACGGAAGUGUAGUGACCCUGAUGCUGCCAAGUGGCUUGAUCACUUCAUACAAAGCUCCCAUGUGGCAUGGGGGCACAAUGGAGUUGCUGCACACAAUAGUCUCUGAGGGGGAAGAUGGUGAUGCUCUUAUACAAGGAGGAGUUUCCUUAGCCUUUUUCUGUGGCGCAAGUGAUGAUGAAGUUCCAUGGUCUCCUUGUAAUUGGAGUCUGCUUGACAUUAGAGGAAAUUCUCAGGAUUCUAUUCAGGUUGAACUAAUUAGCAGAGAUAGAGCAGACAUGGUUGAAGUCAGAUACAUAGUAACUCUGGACGAAUCUGUCCUAAGCUCGGAGCUCGUUGUCUCGAACUCUAAAUCUUCAUCUCUUCAACUGACAGGAUGUUUUUUGAGCCAUCUAACAGUAAGCACACCGGAUGCCACAUAUGCUCUUGGAUUGGAAGGAUCAGAUUUCAUCAAGAAGUCACCAUUUUCAUCAAAUUAUGUCAUAGUUCCUCCAGAUAUUUCCCAGGAAAACAAAUUUAGUAUUAGCCAACUAUGGAGUCAGAUGAAGUUUUUGUCUGGGUUGGGAGCAAGAAAUGAGCAAACUGCUGAUGAAGCCGAUAGCACCUCGAGAGAAAGUGAAGAAGAAAUGGAAGGUGAAGAAGAUGAUAACUACAAGCAGUUAACUGAGCAAAUGAGCAGAAUAUACACCAGUGCACCAACUAACUUAACAGUUAUAGAUCGGGGGAGAAGAAAUUCAGUUGUAGCUGGAAGACAUGGAUUACAUGAAUUGUACAUGUUCAGUCCUGGCUCAAGACAUGAAUUCUACGGCAAGUAUGCUUAUAUAUGUGUCGGCGCAUCAGCCAUGCUUAAACCAAUAAUUCUGGGACCUGGAGAUGUAUGGAAAGGUGGACAGCAAUUACACAACCCAAAUAUGUAAAUCAAGCUUAGGCAUGUACCUUUUCAUCUUGUCUGCAUAGAAUUUCAAUAGGUUGUUUAAAAAUGCAUAUUUUGAACCAUUUUAAAAAGAUAAAUAAAUACUGUUAACUUCUGAUUUUAUGCAAGUGUCCUUCUUUGACAGAUUAUUUAUUACCAGU